AUGGAGGCACUCUGUCCUCAAUGGAUGGUAUUUUUAUGGACGAUUGUCAACCUAUUUGUGGGUGUCAGCUUCGGCACCAACGAGGCUGAAGUUGAACCAAACUCCUCAGGCCCACUGGCUAUUCACUUCCCACUGCGGCAGGGCCCUCUCUCCGAAACCCAACCACCGCAUUUGGCCCGGCUGCGCUCCUCGAGGGCAGCGCGGAGGCGCAGAGCGGUCGGUGGCAUCAAUUUCGUGGACAUGAUCGACAACCUCCGUGGGAAAUCUGGACAGGGAUACUACGUGGAGAUGACAGUGGGUUCACCGCCACAGAAGGUGACACACACUCCCCCAUCUCUCAAUUCAAUUCAAAGGGCUGUAUUGGUAUGGGAAACAUAAGUUUACAUUGCCAAAGCAAGUGAAAUAGAUAAUAAACAAAAGUGAAAUAAACAAUCAAAAAUUAACAGGUAACAUUACACUCACAAAAGUUCCAAAGGAAUAGAGACAUUUCAAAUGUCAUAUUAUGGCUAUAUACAGUGAUUUAUUUAUGUAACGAUGUGCAAAUAGUUAAAGUACAAAAGGGAAUAUAAAUAAACAUGGUGUUUGUUCUUCACUGGUUGCCCUUUUCUUGUGGCAACAGGUCACAAAUCUUGCUGCUGUGAUGGCACACUGUGGUAUUUCACCCAAUAGAUAUGGGAGUUUAUCAAAAUUGGAUUUGUUUUCUUUGUGGGUCUGUGUAAUCUGAGGGAAAUAUGUGUCUCUAAUAUGGUCAUACAUUUGGCAGGAGGUUAGGAAGUGCAGCUCAGUUUCCCCCUCAUUUUGUGGGCAGUGUGAACAUAGCCUGUCUUCUCUUGAGAGCCAGGUCUGCCUACGGCUGCCUCUCUCAAUAGCAAGGCUAUGCUCACUGAGUCUGUACAUUGUCAAAGCUUUCCUUAAUUUUGGGUCAUUCACAGUGGUCAGGUAUUCUGCCACUGUGUACUCUCUGUUUAGGGCCAAAUAGCAUUCUAGUUUGCUCAGUUUUUUUGUUAAUUCUUUCCAAGGUGUCAAGUAAUUAUCUUUUUGUUAUCUCAUGAUUUGGUUGGGUCUAAUUGUGUUGCUGUCCUGGGGCUCUGUGGGGUCUGUUUGUGUUUUUGAACAGAGCCCCAGGACCAGUUUGCUUAGGGGACUCUUCUCCAGGUUAAUCUCUCUGUAGGUGAUGACUUUGUUAUGGAAGGUUUGGGAAUCGCUUCCUUUUAGGUGGUUGUAGAAUUGAACUGCUCUUUUCUGGAUUUUGAUCAAUAGGCGGGUAUCGGCCUAAUUCUGCUCUGCAUGCAUUAUUUGGUGUUUUACGUUGUACGUGGAGGAUAUUUUUGCAGAAUUCUGCAUGCAGAGUCUCAAUUUGGUGUUUGUCACAUUUUGUUAAUUCUUGGUUGGUGAGCGGACCCUAGACCUCACAACCAUAAAGGGCAAUGGGUUUUAUAAUGAUUCAAGUAUUUUUAGCCAGAUCCUAAUUGAUAUGUCAAAUUCUAUGUUCCUUUUGAUGGCGUAGAAGGCCCUUCUUGCCUUGUCUCUCAGAUCGUUCACAGCUUUGUGGAAGUUACCUGUGGCGCUGAUGUUUAGGCUGAGGUAUGUAUAGUUAUUUGUGUGCUCUAGGGCAAUGGUGUCUAGAUGGAAUUUGUAUUAGUGGUCCUGGCAACUGGACCUUUUUUGGAACACCAUUAUUUGAGUCUUACUUUGUCUCUCUCUCUCUCUCUCUCUAUCAUUGACACGCCCAUUCAGUUGAUUCUGUGUGACGUUUUGCUCACCUGUGCCCUAUAUCCUCUGCAUUGUGGCACGUCAAACCUACCCUCCUAUCAAACCUUUGAUUAGUGGAAUCAGGUGUUUAGUGGUAGGGCAAAAACUAAAAUGUGCCUCCCUUUGGGUCCCAGGACCAGAAUGAAGAAACACUGGCCUUGUUAAACCUUGGUAACCUGGCCUCUAAAAUGGCAGAUGGUGACGACAAAGAACAACAAGAAUAAAUGUGUGUGUCUCUGUGCAUGUGAGAGAAGGGAGAAAGAAGGAGAGAAUGAAGCCUUUAAUUCUGCAGAGAGGGGUGGCGUGGGGUGGGGUGGGGUGGGGGGGGGGGGGGGGGGAUGAUUCCCAGUAUGGUGCAGCUAAGCAGCUGCAGGGUACAGACUGGCACACCAAAGGGAUUACUGUGUGACAGAGCCAACGUUAUGCCCUGCCUAGGACACUCCCAUUGUGCCACUAGGAGGAAAACCAUCACUGGCUUCCAUCCACUCACUAACAUUUAUACUGAACAAAAAUUUAAACGCAACAUGCAACAAUUUCAACGAUUUUACUGAGUUACAGUUCAUAUAAGGAAAUCAGUCCAUUUAAAUAAAUUCACUAGGCCCUAAUCUAUGUAUUUCACAUGAUUGGGCAGGGGCACAGCCACUUGGGAGCCAGGCCCAGCCAAUCAGAAUGAGUUUUUCCCCACAAAAGGGCUUUAUUACAGACAGAAAUACUCCUCAGUUUCAUCCGCUGUCCGGGUGGCUGGUCUCAGACGAUCCUGCAGGUGAAGAAGCCGGAUGUGGAGGUCCUGGGCUGGUGUGGUUACAUGUGGUCUGCGGUUGUGAGGCCGGUUGGACAUACUGCUAAAUUCUCUAAAACACUUAUGGUAGAGAAAUUAACAUUGAAUUCUCUGGCAACAGCUCUGGUGGAAAUUCCUGCAGUCAGCAUGCCAGUUGCACGCUCCUUCAAAACAUGAGACAUCUGUGGCAUUGUGUUGUGUCACAAAACUGCACAUUUGGCCUUUUAUUGUCCUCAGCACAAGGUGCACCUGUGUAAUGAUCAUGCUGUUUAAUCAGCUCCUUGAUAUUUCACACUUGUCAGGUGGAUGGGUUAUCUUGGCAAAGCAGAAAUGCUCACUAACAGGGAGGUAAACAAAUUUGUGCACACAAUUUGAGAGAAAUACGCUUUUUGUACGUAUGGAAAAUGUAUUUUAUUUCAGCUCAUGAAACAUGGGACCAACACUUUACAUGUUGCGUUUAUAUUUUUGUUCAGUAUAGAAACAUUGAUACAAAUACAACCAUAGAGAUUGAUCCAGGAUUAAUAACUAUGUAUACAACACACUAAAAGAUACAUAACAAAAUAUUUCCCUCAUGUAAUAGAAGGGAAUUAUAUUACCAUAUUACUUUGUUACAGUAAAACAAACCAAACAAAUUGCCACAUAGGCCUACUGUAUAGACUACUAUAAGACUCAAAUGUGUGACUGUUACAGUAACUUCAAGAUGUAAACCAGGGGCUGGAUGUAUCAAUGGUCACAGAGUAGAAGUGCUGAUCUAGGAUCAGGUCCCCCCGUCCAUAUAAUUGUAUUAAUGAAUUGUGAUCUAAAAGGCUAAACUGAUCCUAAAUCAGCACUCCUACUAUGAGACGCUUCAUACAUACGGCUCCUGAUAUAAUAUCUUCUAAAAUAAUAAAUGAGGUUUGCGACAGGGAUUCUAGGCUUCUGCCAGAAAGAGGAAGUGUAGCAGGGUUGUAGCAAGUCCGAGGUGUGUGUGUGUGUCAGGAUGCAGCCGGGCCAGGCGUCUCGGGUGAUGUGUGUGAAGGGAAGCAGGAUGCGGGCAGGACAGAUCAAUUGUGAGGCGUCAGCGUAUUCCUCACCAAAAUACACCCGCUACACUACAAUCAGAGAGAGAGAGGAAGAGAGCAGGCCAAGAGGUUGACUGAGGGAGAGUUUAUGCAGGUUAAAGUUAAAUUACUCUUUACAGUACUACCUCAUAAUACUGAGGUGAUUCUUAAUUUAUUUCAAUAUCAUAUAACAUGCAAAUAGUCCACACAGACUGUUAUGCACAAUCUCUUUAGUAACCCUCUUUGAUUCACAUUUGAUUUGGGUUUCCCCCACAAUUCAUUGCAAUGUAUCUGUGUUUGCAUGGCUUGGUGUUUUGAUGUGUGUGGAGGGGGUGAAUGUGGUGUGGUGGUAGGGCAGGGGCAUCAUGUCAGCUAAACCUAGGGAAUGGAUGGCAAAGGGACAUUCUCCUCCAAGGAAUGUUUAUCCAAUUGAAGCUAAUUUACUGCAUUUCUACACAAUUUAAAAACGCUAAAAUGCAAGUUGGAGAACAGCAAAAACAAGCAAAAAUGAGUCCAGACAUUAUCACCUUCACAUCAGUCAAUAGGGGACUUAACAUUCUAGAAACCAGUGGAGGCUGCUGAGGGGAGGAUGUCUCAUUUUAAUGGCUGGAUUGGAGCAAAUGGAAUGGCAUCAAACGCAUGGAAACCAUUCCACUGAUUCCACUCCAGCCAUUACCAAUUAAGGUGCCACCAAUCCUCCUGCACUACAAACACUUCAUACAAGAAUGAGCUGCUAUGCACUGGCUCAGCACCGGGAUUAAAACGCUAGUUUAGUUUCAUGUCAAGUCAAACAGCAGUUACCUAGCCAAAGCUAUCUACUACAGCCAUCUUUACCUCUGCACCAGUGGCGGCUCCUGAAAAAAUUCUCAGGGGGGGCAAUUUUUCUUAUGAUUUAGGUGACCUACACACAUUUUUAAAAAGAUAUGUCCAGCAACAACAUGAAGACAGGGGCAGCAUAUAAGUCAAUACCAGAAGCAUUUAUUGACUGAUCUCAAAAGUGUUGGCUUACAAAAGCAAAAUAAGUUAUCACAGUAAAAAUAAUCAAGGGUGUUCUUUCACAUUCCUCAACACUGCAUAAACAAUAUGUAUGGCUUUGUAAAAAUGAACAACCAUAUUCUGGCCAAUUGUAUAGAUUUGUAAAUAUGAACAACCAUAUUCUGGCCAAUUGUAUAGAUUUGUAAAAAUGAACAUGAACAGAUUUUUUAUUUUUUUGAAUGGCAGUACCUUUCAAACAUGUCUGCUUGCAGUAAGGUAGCACUCACAAGGUGGCCAGAGAAAGAGAACCUUUCUUUGGUGUGAUCCAGGAUGGUGUUGCAGACCUCUUCAGACAGCCUCUGCUUCUCCUCUUCUCUCAAAGCUGUUCUGGGUCUUUUGGCUCCUGUUGCUUCUUGCAGCUGCUGUUGAGAGGAGUCCCUGAAGGCAAACAGACCAAUGUGUUUGUUGGCUUUGUACAGUAUUGUUGUCUAUGUGAUGCACAGGUAUAUGCAAUGUAUUCAUGUAUAGUACAAAUACUUCAGUUCCACUUAAAAUGGGCAGGGAUGCAUAAAGUCUUUAGUGUUUAAGUUAGCCUUUGUGUCUCACAUAGCCUGGAUGUUCAGCACAGUAUACAGUGGUGCUCAUAAGCUUAUGAUCCCAUGCUAAAGUUGACUAAAAAGAGGAAUGAAAAAGAAAAGAAAAUUGGUGUCCUUAAAGGUUGGAUUUUCCAACUUUUUUAAUUAAGUCAUUAAGAUCAAUUUCCAAAAGAUGAUUUUUUUAUUUUUUUAUUCCUCUUUUUAGUCAGCUUUAGAAUGUGUUCAUACACUUAUGAGCACCACUGUACAGUACACAUAGUAUAUAAAAUAAGAUAGAUUACACCACUGGCCAUAUAUAAUGAGAAUAAUGUAAUUUCAAACACAAAUGCAGUCUCCUUUCAUGCAUACAUUUUCAAAUAAAGCUCUGCUUUGAGAAAGAUCGAAUGAUAUUGUUUAAUCUUUAUCUUACCUUAUGGCCUGCACACUGCUUGCGAAGCUGUCGAGGGCACGUUUGAUAAAGACAGCAUCGAUGUCCUUCUUCUGUAGCUUCUGGUACGGUGGGCUGGUCAAAUGAACCCAAUGAACCCGUCCGGAUGGCUUCAAAACAUUCUAUGAGGUCGUCUCGAUUCUCGUAGACAGUGUUCACGACUCUGCUGUUGCUAACCUCAUCGUUGUGGCGGCGGACAGCUAGCCUGUAUCCCUCAUCCAGUUGAGUGGCAAUAUUCACUCUCCCCAAAGCAGACAAUCUCAAACAGCUAUCAAUGUGGGUCUUUGACAGCUCAUUUUUCUUAAUCUUUUCUGAAAGAUGGUGCAUGUCGGUUACACCAGUCGCUGUCCAAGCGGUGCUGUCUGCCGUGCCGCCUUCAGGGUGAAAGAGUAGUUUCUUAGUUACGUUCAUGGUUACGUUACGUUACGUAUGACGAAAGCGCGUAAGUGCAAGCCCUCAGAAACCCAUAGAGAUUGUAUUGAAAGCUCUGAAAUUUGAAAAAAAAUAUUUUACAUUAGAGGCUAUGAGAGACUUCUGGGCGAUUUUCAACCUGACUGAAAUCGGCCCCAAAACGGGCGGGGACAUUUGAAGCACGACUUUAGCCUGAUUGGACAUUUAGUGGCUGGCAGAUCAGACGUCUAGAUUAGAACACUGAACUACUGUUGCCGUGAUAUAAUUGAUUAGAAAAAAAAUCCCUUCCUUUUCCCGUUUGGCAGUGCGUCGCCCAUAUCGCCCUAUUGAACACACCGCCCCUGCUCUGCACUGUUUUGAGAAAAAGUUGUGCUGUUCCCUGCAGUGAUGCGCUCUCCAUAAAGCCAGCCAGCCAUACAAACAGCCUUCCCCCCUGCUCCCAGGUGUCUGCAUGGUCCUAAAGUCAGCCCCCUGUUCUGUUAAACUGCAUUUGCCUUUUAAUAGGUUGAAAAAAGAAUUAGUAGCCUAUUUCAAUUGUUUUUGUUGUAGGGUAUGGCGAAAGCCAUACCCAAUUGACACCCCUGUGAUAAAGGGGUUAGAAGAUGACAUGGAUAUGUUUUGGAACAGCAGGAUGCAUGUUAUGUGUGUCUCAAGUGACAUGUUUGUGUUGGUGGGAGUGUGUGUGUGUGGGACCAGAUGAGCGACUAAGGCAACAGGCUGGGGGUUCUUCCAGGCGCACAGUCCUUGAGGCUCUUGGCUCUGUCCACUGAAAAUAAUAACUUUCCUGGACUGUGUCCCAAAUGGCACCCUAUUCCCUAUACCAAGGCUCCCCUACCCUCUUCCUGGAGAUCUACCGUCCUGUGGGUUUUCAGUCCAACCCUAAUUUAACACACCUAAUUCUACUUAUUAGCUGCUCAACAAGACCUUAACUAGCUGAGUAAGAUACGCUAAAUUAGGGUUGGACUGAAAACCUACAGGACAGUAGAUCUCCAGGAAGAGGGUUGGGCAGCCCUGCCCUACGUAGUGCACUUUAUAGGAAAUAGGGUGCCAGUUGGGGAUGCAUCCCUGGAUAUUUCAGGAGCAGAUCUAUUAUUGAUCAGGGUCCUGCUGGUCACCAGAGAGACAACAUGGCUGCCAGUCUGAUUGACUCUCUGACUGCGCAAAAUGUGAUACUCACACCGAAAGGAGAGGGAAGGAGGGAGACAGAGAGACAGACAGAGAGAGAGACACAGAGAGAGAGACAGACAGAGAGAGAGACACACAGAGAGGAAGAGAGAGACAGAGAAGAGAUAGGAGAGAUAGAGUAGACAUAGAGAGUAGAGACAAGAGAGAGAGAGACAGGAGAGAAGAGAGAGAGAAGAGAGACAUAUAGAGACAGAGAGAUAGAGAGAGGAGAGACAGAGAAUGAAGACAAGAGAGGGCAAUCUGAGAACAGCCUAGGGGUUGGAUGCAGAGGGAAAGAAAAAGAGAAGGACAUUUGGAGCAAAAUAAACCAAUACAUAGCAACUAUCAGUAAUAUAAUUGCCGAGGUAGAGAGAGAGAGAGAAAGAAGAGAUGAGAUAGAGAGAUAUAGAGAGAAGAGUAUGAGAGAGACAUGAGAGAUAAGCCUUUUUCCUUUAAAAAUUUUUGGGGUCCCAAAUAAACCCAUUUUAACCAAGUUCCCCCUUUUGGAAAUAAAAUUGGGGUUUUUUUUAGUAAAAAAUUUUAACAAUAAUUUAAUUAAGGUAAAAGCCCUUUGGGAAAAGAUAGAAAUUUAGGGGGUAAAACCCAAAGGGAAAAUUAGAAAUUGGGCACCCUGACUUUUUUGGAAAAGGGUCCAAUGCCCCCUGGAAUUUCAACAACUUUUAAUUGGGGGUUUCUAAGAAAAGGGGGGGGUUUUUUGCCCCCAAAAAAAAAAAUGGUGAUAAAAAAAAGGGGGGGAAAGGGGGGAAAAGAGGGAAAAAAAAAAGGGGAAAAAAAAAGAAAACAAAAAAAAGGAAAAGAGAAAGGGAAAGAAAAUAAAAAAGAGAAAAAAAAAAAGAAAAAAAAACAAAAAAAAAAAAAAAAAAACGGGGGGGGAAAUCUAAAACCUAGGGGGUUACAGAAAAGAAAAAGAAAAUUUGGGGAAAAUAAAAAAAAUUUACAGAAACUUUAAAAAUUUUAAUCCUGGGGAGGGGGGGAAUUAAGGAAGUAAGAAUAAAUUUCCUGGUUUGGGAAAUAAAAAAAAUUCCCUUUUUCCCUCACCUCCCAAUCCCCUUUUUUCAUCACCAACUAAACCCCUCCUCUACUCCGACCCUUUCCCGCCUAUCCUUAAAGGUUUUUUCCUCCCCCUUUCCUCCGUUCUUUCCCCCCCCCCCUCCUCUACUUUUUUUCUUUAACCCUUUUUUGGGUCUUUCCUUUUCUUUGUCUCUGUGCCCUCCCUUCUUUGCUUCUACCCAUUAACCCCCCCUCUAUUGAAGGCAAAGGGGGGGCCUAGGAUCUUUUAAAAUUUUCCCCUUUUUUUGGAAAUAGAUAUGGCCCUUAUUCAGGUUUUCAUUUUCUUCCUUUACCCAAAACCAAGAGCCCCCUACACAUUAAACCCAAACCUGACUUAUGGGCCCCCCUUUUAAAAAGGGGAAUUGAAAAUUUUAUUUGGUGUUUUUAAAGUUUUUUUGGGAACAAAAAGCCUGCCCCCUUUUCCCCCGCAAAUUACCAGCUAUGAGUAAAAUAUUUUUGAAACUUCCUAAAUAAAUAAAUAAACCCCCAAAUUUAAACCGGGGGGUUUCCCUUUGAGAAAACCCCUAUUUUAGUGGGAAAACAUUUUUUCCCCUUUAAUAUUCUCAUUUUUCCCUCCAAUGUUUAUCCCCUUCCCAAAAUAACGAAAAAUUUAAGGAAAAAAUUUAAGUGGGGAAAAGUGGGGAAAAAGGGGUUUGGGGGGGCGUUUAGUGGGGUUUCCCCUUUUCGUUUUUUUUCAUUUUUUUUUUUUUUUAUGUUUAUUUUUCUUAUUUUUUUUUUGGCUCUGGGGUUUUGUUUUGUUUUCUUGUUUUUUUUUUUUGUUCUUUUUUCCCCUUCCUUUCAUUUGGUGCUUUCAUUUUCCCCGUUUUUUUUUAUUUUUUUAUUUUUUUAAAUUGAGGGUUGGUUUUUUUUUUGGGGGGUUUUUUUGGGGUUUUGGGUGUGGGGUUUUUUGGUUUUUGUUUUUUUUUUGGCAGGGGGGCAGAAGGGGGGGAGGGGGCGUGUGGGGCGGGGAAAAUUUUUUUUUUCCUCAUCCCACUCCUCCCCACUCCUGUCAUAUAUGUCUAUCCUGAUGACGCUUGGAGUCCUUUCCUUUUGGAAUCCGCUGGUUGCGUGCAGAUCCCGUCCACCGUCCCCCCCUCUUUCUCCCCCCCGCGAUGAGAGCUGGAGCCUUUCUUUACUCGCUGGUGCGGGCAGAACCCCCGUGCCCAACCGUUCUCCCCGCAGAAUGUGUGGCGCAUGGUUCACCCCAGAAUACAGCCUGGGCAGCAAGUGCCACGUGGGUAUGGCCAGCAUGUGAGAGAGGAUAUAGACAUACAGUAGAUAGGACAAGGCACAGACACCAUUUUCUGUUUGAGGGAAAUACACAGAAGUGGUGUGUUGUGUUAGUGUAACCAAGAGGGUUAUAUAUAGAGAUUGUAUGUGCCAAGCAGUUAGGUCUGUAUCGUUUCGUUAUAAUCUGUAUUGCAAAGGAAAUAUGAGAUGGAAAGAGUGUUGAGAGUUUGGACCCAACCAAUGAAACUGUCUGAUUGCUGUUUUCUUAGAUCAUUGGUGGAGUGGAUACUUCUCUCUAUGUUGGGGACCUGUGGUACACCCCGAUCCGCCGGGAGUGGUAUUAUGAGGUCAUCAUUGUGCGCAUUGAGGUCAAUGGUCAGGAUCUCAACAUGGACUGCAAGGAGGUGAGAUACUGUAGCUGAUGACCCUUUAAUCAACAUUUUCCUCCCUAUUUCAUUCCACUUUCUCUUUAAUAUAAUAUAUGCCGUUUAGCAGACUCUUUUAUCCAAAGCGACUUAUAGGCAUGUGUGCGUACAUUUGAAGUAUGGGUGGCCCCUUCUAUUUUUAUAUUUUGUUUGCUCCUGUAUUCUCUUUAGUUAACCUGAAUAUCUGUCUGUUGUUUACCUUUUAUCACUAAUAAUGGUGCGGUAAGUGACAGUGAAUAAAGAAUGACAAUUUGUUUCCUCUCUCUUGUGUCCCCUAUCAGUACAACUAUGAUAGAGCAUUGUGGACAGCGGACCCCCACCAACCUCCGGGUCCCUCGCAAAGUUUUCCAGGCAGAGCCGUGAAGGCCAUCGAGGCAGCCUCGUCUGUGAGUCCAUUCCUCAAACCCCCUUUUCUCAUCUCUCUCUCACUCCCCCCUCUCCCCUCUGUUGUUUUGUUUUUCUCUCUCUUCUUUGUAGCUGCUAGUUUCAACUAGUGUCAUGUGAAAACCCCUUUCCCCAGGUUUUAAUUCUGUAAUAGUUUUCAUAGCUAUCAUCUUUCUCUAGUUUUUUCUGCAAUUGCUAAUAUUUUUUCUACCCCCCCCCCCCCCCCACCAAACCCCCCACAACGCACACACCACAACACGCACAAAUGCCAUGUCUCUCUAUCAGACGGAGCAGUUUCCCUCUGGGUUCUGGUUGGGGGAGCAGCUGGUGUGCUGGCAGGCUGGCACCACCCCGUGGCACAUCUUCCCUGUCAUCUCGCUCUACCUAAUGAGUGAGAACCGCAACCAGUCCUUCCGCAUCUCCAUUCUCCCACAGGUAUGUAUGCACACAUGACUGUAAGUCGCUUUGGAUAAAAGCGUCUGCUAAAUGGCAUAUUAUUAUUAUUAUUAUUAUUAGGUAAGUGUCUGUCUGUGUACUUACCUGUCAUUGAAUACAAUAGAUCUUCAUUAUUCAAUUCAUCAAUUCAAUGAGCUAGUGAUGAUCCUCUCUUAAACUCCUUUCACUUUUCAUUCAAUUUAGAUGUGUUGAGAACUACAGAGAGUAUUUGACGUAUGUUAUUCCAAUGAGAGACUGGACCUUGGAGAUAGUGGUGAUUCAUGUAAUCACUGUUUCAAUGGCAAUGAGAUAGAAGUGGAGAGCAGCUUAUAUUGGGACAGUAGAGGCAGCUAGUGCUGGCCUUGAAGCUUCGACAAGCAACAGUUAACAUUGAUAAUAAAAAAUGUGAAAGUAGUGCGUAUAUACCUCACUCAUGCACGGACUGGUUAUGCAUGCUUACACCAAACCCAAACUGCAUAGACAAGCACAAAAAAGUGCUGUGAGCUUAUUAGCCUAUUGCUGUAUUUCUCCUGGCUUAUUCUUACCAUCCAUUGUAGGUGUUCUCUGCUGACUGAUGUCUGCUGUUUCUUUGUGCCCCCUGCAGCAGUACCUGCGACCCGUGGAGGAUGUGGCCUCGGCCCAGGAGGACUGCUAUAAGUUUGCCGUGUCCCAGUCCAGCACGGGCACCGUCAUGGGCGCCGUCAUCAUGGAGGGCUUCUAUGUGGUGUUCGACCGCCAGAGGAAACGCAUCGGAUUCGCCGUCAGCACCUGCCAUGGUGAGGGGGGAUAGAGGGAGUAUGAGAAGGCGGGAGAGGGGGAGAUGGUGUAAAUAUAUAUAUAUAUAUAUAUAUAUAUAUAUAUAUAUAUAUAUACACUGAGUGAACAAAACAUUAUGAACAUAGACUGACCAGGUGAUCCCUUAUUGAUAUCACUUGUUAAAUCCACUUCAAUCAGUGUAGAUGAAGGGGAGGAGACAGGUUAAAGAAGAAUUACGUUUAGGGUUAGGAGCUAGGGUUAGUUUUAGGGUUAAGGUUAGGUUUAGGGUUAGGGUUAGGUUUUCGGUUUAUGGUUAGGGUACAGGUUAGUGUUAGGGGUUAGGGAAAAUAGGAUUUUGAAUGGGACUGAAUUGUGUGUCCCCACAAGGUUUGUUGUACAAGACUGUGUGUGUGUGUGUGCCUGUAUGUAUGUUGCUGAUCGAUGUGUAUUUCUAUGCCACAGUGCAUGAUGAGUUUCGCACAGCCUCCGUCGAGGGGCCGUUCCAUGGCGUGGACCUGGAGGACUGCGGCUACAACAUCCCGCAGACGGACGAGUCCACCCUCAUGACCAUUGCCUACAUCAUGGCGGGCAUCUGUGCCCUCUUCAUGCUGCCACUAUGCCUCAUGGUGUGCCAGUGGCGCUUCUCCCGCUGCCUUCACCCAACUGGAUCUGGGGACUUGGCUGAUGAUAUCUCUCUCCUCAAAUGA